AUGUUUUCUUUGAGGAAAACGAAGCUUCAAGCUGUCUCAGUUCACCAGAGUCGUUUCAGUUCGCUGUUUCGUGCCAUUGAAGUUACAGGUACUAAACCUCAACCUUCUUUACAACAUGGUCUGGCGGGUAAUGAUGUUCUCUCUGAUGCAAGAAACCAUAGUUUGUUGUCUAAGCUUCGUACUAGUAGUACCAGGUUCGAUGUUUGGUCUAUAGAUAGAACAGAAGCAUUUUCUACGAUUUCUGGAUCUAUUUUGCUUCAAGCCAGGGAUCCUGCUAAACUCAAUGAAGAAAUCCAAAUCGCAGUUGAUCAACGUAGAUGCGACGAAGCCUGGAGAUUGUUUGAACAACAUAUGCAGAUGGAAGGGUUCCCGCGUAAAUCUGUUGUGAACAAUGUUUUGGUUUGUUUUGCUGAGAGUCUCGAUUCCAACUGGCUACAGAAGGGUUACACUUUGGUGGAGAAAGCCUUUGAUGAGAGUAAACAGAAUCUGCUAGAGAAGGAACCUCUUGUGUAUCUCUCAUUGGCUCUCGCCAAGUCAGGCAUGUCUGUUCCUGCAUCUACGAUCUUGAGGAAGCUAGUUGAGACGGAAGAGUAUCCUCACGUGAGUGCUUGGUCAGCGGUGCUGGCGCAUAUGUCUCUCACGGGAUCAGGAAGCUAUCUAUCUGCUGAGUUGGUUCUUGAGAUUGGUUACUUGUUUCAGAAUAACAGAGUUGAUCCACGGAAGAAGAGCAACGCGCCUUUGCUUGCGAUGAAGCCUAAUACUCAGGCGUUGAACAUUGCUUUGGCGGGUUGUUUGUUGUUCGGGACAACACGAAAGGCUGAAAAGCUUCUUGAUAUGAUACCGAAGAUUGGUGUUAAAGCUGAUGCAAACUUGUUAGUGAUAAUGGCGCAUAUAUAUGAAAGAAAUGGGCGGAGAGAGGAACUGAGGAAGCUCCAAAGGCAUAUAGAUGAAGCUUGCAACUUAAACGAUUCUCAGUUUUGGCAGUUCUAUAACUGCUUGCUUAUGUGUCACCUUAAAUUCGGGGAUCUCGAAGCUGCUUCGAAAAUGGUUUUGGAAAUGCUAAGAAGAGGAAAGGUAGCAAGGAACUCACUUGGAGCCGCCAUUCUUGGAUUUGGUACUGCGGAAGAUGAUAAAUUAAAGCUCAGAAAAGAAUCAAAGGUUAAAGAACAUGAUAAUCACGAGACUCCUAUUCACAGUAUGAUUCCGUAUGAAGAGUUCGUUAGAGACAGGAAAUUUCUAAAACUUGAAGCUGAGGCAAAGGAUGUUCUUGGUGCAUUGUUGGCUAAGUUGCAUGUACAAGUGGAACUGAUUACCUCGGAACGAGGUGUUCUGCAACCGACAGAAGAGAUUUAUGUGAAAUUAGCGAAGGCAUUCCUGGAAAGUGGAAAGAUGAAGGAGCUAGCAGAGUUUAUGCUAAAGGCAGAACAUGAAGACUCCCCUGUUUCUAGUGAUAACUCGAUGCUGGUGAAUGUUACCAACGCGUGUAUUUCUCUAGGGAUGUUGGAUCAGGCGCAUGAUCUACUCGACGAGAUGCGUAUGGCUGGGGUAAGAACCGGUUCUUCCGUUUAUUCGUCGCUCCUCAAAGCUUACUGCAAAACAAACCGGACUAGAGAAGUGACAGCACUUCUUAGAGAUGCUCAAAAGGCAGGGAUUCAGUUCGACUCAAGCUGUUACGAAGCCUUGAUCCAGUCUCAGGUGAUUCAGAACGAUACUCAUGGAGCUCUCAAUGUGUUCAAGGAGAUGAAAGAGGCGAAAUUACCAAGAGGUGGGAAUCAGCAGUUUGAGAAGCUAUUAAAUGGUUGCGAAGGAAACGCAGAGGCGGGACUUAUGUCGAAACUCUUGAGAGAAAUCAGAGAAGGGCAGAGUAAUUUGGAUGCUGGUGUUCAUGAUUGGAACAAUGUGAUCCACUUCUUUAGCAAGAAAGGUUUGAUGCAAGACGCAGAGAAGGCGCUGAAGAGGAUGAGAAGUCUGGGGCAUUCGCCGAAUGCUCAAACUUUUCAUUCUAUGGUCACGGGUUAUGCAGCCAUUGGGAGUAAAUACAUAGAGGUCACUGAACUUUGGGGAGAGAUGAAGUCCAUAGCCGCAGCUACUUCAUCAAUGAGGUUUGAUCAGGAGUUGCUGGAUGCGGUGCUGUAUACGUUUGUUAGAGGAGGGUUUUUCUCGAGGGCUAAUGAAGUUGUGGAGAUGAUGGAGAAAGAGAAGAUGUUUGUUGAUAAGUACAAGUAUAGGAUGCUGUUCUUGAAGUAUCACAAGACUGCUUAUAAAGGCAAAGCUCCAAAAGUUCAAAGCGAGUCUCAGCUCAGAAAGAGGGAAUCUGGUUUAACAUUCAAGAAAUGGCUAGGUUUAUCCUGAUUGUUAUCUAUGGUAAUCACUAUUGUCGUUACAUCUGAGCCGCACAGAUCCGAAUAGAGUCGGUAUAACUGAUAAAAGUUUCGUGUUAUGUUGACACUUGACAUAAAUGAAUAGUAUUUCAAUUUUGACGUUAAUCAAUGUCUUUUUCACUCUAUCCUUGAAUUUGACUUGGAUGGAUUUCA